CCACAGAGGGCACCCGACCUGAAUGAAAAAAGCCAAGCAAUCGCAAAGCAACGCCAUAGUUUUCCAUAUUUUUUUGUGUCUGAAAAGGAAUUUCCAAACAGAAACUGUCAAAAGAAAAUAGUUAUUGGAGUAACAGUUAACAAGGUUCGAGGAUGUCAUCUGGAGAGCCACCUUCUUCCUCCAUGAUGACUUCACCUGGACCAGGCCCUGGAACACCACAGCCAUCACCAAUAACACACCCAACUGCUUCUCCUGCACCCCAUUCCCAUCCAAACGCAAAUGCUGGAAAUCAGCAGCAGCAAGUGGCUUCCCCGAUGGCUCCACCUCAACCACCAUCACCUAUGAAUCAUCCUCAAUCAUCUCCAUCACCCAUGGGUCCACCAAUGCAGCAACAUCCACCUCCACAGUUCCAGCAACAACCACAACAACAACAAGCUUAUCCACCUCCAAUGUCAGGAUCAGUUUCAAUGGGCCCUCCUCACCAGCCGAUGCAACAACCAAUAAGGCAACAUCAUGGUGGAAUUCCACAGCCUCAUUACAUGGCAGGAGGAGGAGGCUAUCCUCCAGUUUCACACCAUCAACCUCCACAGCAAGCAAAUUAUCCAUCACAGCCAGGUGGUCCGAUUUCUCAGCCAUCCCAACAACAACCUGGAGCACCACCUUACCCCCCUGACAACAUUAAUGCUUUACAAAGAGCCAUAUCUACAAUGGAAGACCGUGGUCUACAAGAUGAUCCUCGGUAUUCUGCCCUCCUUGCCAUGCGAGCUAAACAAGGGGGAAUGGCACCCACUAGCCAUAGUCCUGGUCCUCCAUUAGACCCCAACAGGCAACCAGGAGCACCUUCUCCGUAUGGACCACCCAACUCUGCGGUGCUGAAUGGUAAUUCUUCUGGACCUGAAGGAGCCAAUUCCAUGAAAUCAUCGUUCCUUUCGCCAACCCAAGUACACCAGCUUCGGGCACAAAUUAUGGCGUACCGUUUAUUGGCUCGGAAUCAGCCUGUGCCAACCAAUAUUGGAAUGGCUGCGCAAGGGAAAAGGACGGAUCUACCUUCACUGCAGGCACAACCGAGCUCGGCAUCUCAGCUGGAUCAACAGCAGCAGCAAAUGUACGCUCCGUCGCCUUCACAGUCCGGACAACCGUUCCAAAGACCUACCGCCCCUUCUGUCCCUUCCUCUCCAAUGCAACCUUCCAAUAUUAGACCUAUGGGUCCUACAUAUCCUUCUCAGCAGCCCGUGGCACCAUCAGCAGGUGGGCAACAGCCCCAGCUUCCACCUAUGGGCCCCUCACCAUCGGCAGGAGCGCCGACAUCUGGAACUACUGCGAGUCCAGUCCCGGGAACCAUACCAAAUCCUCGACCUUCUCAGCCGCAGAUUCCAAUACAUCCCAUGCAACCAUCGCAAGGAGCCACCGCACCCACAGCAAUUCAGAUGGGAAAUGCUGCGCUGCAACCCAUUAUAGCGCCACCGAUAGUUUCUGCUCCCAACGCGGCGUUGAUGCAGCAACAACCUGUUAUGCCUCAUUCUCAACAGAUGCAACCACAACAACUGCAGCAGCAAACGCUCGUCUCCAAACAAAACAAAGUCACCCCAAUAGCGAAGCCGACAGGACUAGAUCCCGUAGUAAUUUUACAGGAAAGAGAAAAUCGCAUGGCCAGCCGUGUUGCCUAUCGGAUAGAAGAGUUGAGUAACCUGCCUACUACGAUGGGCGAAGAUCUACGAGUAAAGGCGCAGAUUGAGUUGCGCGCAUUACGAUUACUUAACUUCCAGAGGCAGCUGCGAUCUGAAGUAUUGGCGUGCACAAGAAGAGACACGACACUGGAAACAGCUGUCAAUGUAAAAGCUUAUAAGAGGACUAAGAAACAAGGACUGCGAGAAGCUCGAGCGACUGAGAAGUUGGAAAAACAACAGAAAAUGGAAGCCGAGCGCCGUAGGCGUCAAAAACACCAAGAAUACCUCACGGCUGUUCUCCAACACGGCAAAGACCUUAAAGAGUUCCAUCGCAAUAAUCAGGCCAAAAUUGUGCGCAUCAACAAAGCUGUUUUGUUACAUCAUGCUAACGCAGAGCGUGAACAGAAGAAGGAACAGGAGCGCAUUGAGAAAGAACGUAUGCGCCGCUUGAUGGCUGAAGAUGAAGAAGGCUAUCGUAAGCUGAUCGAUCAGAAAAAAGACAAACGUCUCGCCUUCCUUCUGCAGCAAACUGACGAAUACAUUGCCAAUCUCACGGAGAUGGUCAAACUUCAUAAAACGGAACAGCGACGAAAAAUGAAGGAGCAGCAAAUGAUGAAGAGACGCAUUCAACGAAACGAUGAUGGAACAGUUGUUGAUGAUUUCCAUGUUACCGUUGUAGAAACGGCUACCGGAAAUAUCCUUAAAGGCGAGGAAGCGCCGCUUGCGUCUGUUCUUCAGACCUGGUUGGAAGCUCAUCCUGGCUGGGAAGAAGCAUCGGAGGAGGAAGAGCAACAUAACGAGGAAGAGCACCAAGAAGAACCCAAAGUAGCAGUAAAAGACGAACCCGAAAUAAGUGAAGAAACUGCUGCUGGGGUCAUAAGAAAAGUGAAAGCUUUGGAUGACGAGUACAAGACUGACGAUGGUGAGAAGAAUUACUACUCGAUUGCCCACACCAUACACGAAAAAGUCCAUGGACAGGCCAGCAUUUUGAUCAACGGCAAAUUGAAAGAAUAUCAAGUGAAAGGUUUGGAAUGGCUUGUCUCGUUGUAUAACAAUAACCUAAACGGCAUUCUAGCUGACGAAAUGGGUCUUGGAAAAACUAUUCAAACUAUCGGAUUGAUCACUUACUUGAUGGAAGUAAAGAAAAAUGCUGGGCCGUAUCUCAUCAUUGUGCCCUUGUCCACUCUUUCCAACUGGUCUCUAGAGUUUGAAAAGUGGGCCCCUUCGGUCAACGUUGUAUGCUAUAAGGGAUCUCCCACGGUGCGCCGUAUCGUGCAAAAUCAAAUGAGAGCCGUCAAGUUCAAUGUGCUACUUACGACCUACGAGUACAUCAUUAAGGACAAAUCAAUUUUGGCCAAGUUACCCUUUAAGUACAUGAUUAUCGAUGAAGGACAUCGUAUGAAGAACCAUCAUUGUAAAUUGACCCAGGUCUUGAACACACACUAUUUAGCGCCUCACCGUUUGCUUUUGACUGGUACGCCUCUGCAAAACAAACUUCCCGAAUUGUGGGCCUUGCUGAACUUCUUACUGCCGUCCAUCUUCAAGUCGGUUUCUACAUUUGAGCAAUGGUUCAACGCACCAUUUGCCACGACUGGUGAAAAAGUGGAACUCAAUGAAGAAGAAACAAUUUUGAUCAUUCGUCGUCUGCACAAAGUCUUACGUCCUUUCCUUCUUCGUCGCCUCAAGAAAGAAGUAGAAUCGCAGCUGCCCGACAAGGUGGAAUAUAUCGUCAAGUGCGACAUGUCCGGCUUGCAGAAGGUCUUGUAUCGUCAUAUGCAAAGCAAGGGUGUUAUGCUUACUGACGGCUCGGAAAAGGAUAAGAAGGGCAAGGGAGGGGCCAAGGCUUUGAUGAACACUAUCAUGCAGCUGAGGAAGCUUUGCAAUCACCCGUUCAUGUUCCAGCACAUCGAGGAAGCCUAUUGCGAACAUAUGGGUGUUCCGGGUGGGCUUGUCUCUGGCCCCGAUCUCUACCGUACGUCUGGAAAAUUCGAACUGCUUGAUCGGAUUCUUCCCAAAUUGAAACAUUUGAACCAUCGUGUACUUCUCUUUUGUCAAAUGACACAGUUGAUGACAAUCAUGGAGGACUAUCUCAAUUGGAAAAGCUUUAAGUAUCUGCGAUUAGACGGUACCACAAAAGCUGAUGAUCGUGGUGACCUAUUGAAGAAGUUCAACGAUAAGUCUUCCGACUAUUUCCUUUUCUUGCUGUCAACUCGUGCUGGUGGUCUGGGUCUCAAUCUCCAAGCGGCCGACACUGUCAUUAUUUUCGAUUCCGAUUGGAAUCCUCAUCAAGAUUUGCAAGCACAGGAUCGUGCCCAUCGUAUCGGUCAAACUAACGAAGUGCGUGUUUUACGUCUGAUGACCGUCGGUUCCGUUGAAGAACGUAUUCUUGCUGCUGCUAGGUACAAGUUGAAUAUGGACCAGAAAGUCAUCCAGGCUGGUAAAUUUGAUCAGAAAUCGACUGGAGCAGAUCGACGCCAAUUCCUACAGACAAUUCUACAUGCGGAUGAAAUGGAAGACGAAGAGGAGAACGAAGUCCCUGAUGAUGAAACAGUCAAUCAAAUGAUAGCUCGUAGUGAGAGCGAGUUUGAACUAUAUCAACGUAUGGAUAUCGAACGCCGAAGAGAAGAGGCACGUCAAGGAGCGGCAAGAAAACCGCGUCUGAUGGAAGAAUCUGAAUUGCCAGAAUGGAUGUCCAAAGACGAAGAGGAGGUGGAACGGUUAACGUGCGAAGAAGAAGAAGAACGCGUGUUUGGUCGAGGAAAUCGUCAGAAGAAGGAUGUCGAUUAUGGUGAAAGCCUCACCGAAAAAGAGUGGCUUAAAGCUAUUGGUGCCAUGGAAGAAGAAGGCAACGUCGAUGAUGAUGAAGAGGAAGAAGAACCUGGCCCAAGUGGUCGUGGCUCUAAACGAUCGCGGACCACUGGUGGUUCGCGUCGCAAGCGCCAGCGAGGCGACGGUGAUGGGGGCAAUGAAGACGAUGAGCCGUCGAACAAAAAACGACGGGGAGGAGGUCGAUCGCUAAACGCCGAAAAGGAUAGCACCGUCAAUGCGCCACUCAAACGCAAGAUGAAGAAGAUUCUGGAAGCCGUCAUGAAAUACACAGAUGCCGAGGGUAGGAUGCUCAGUCAACCUUUCAUGAAGCUUCCAACCCGUAAAGAACUACCCGAUUACUAUGAAGUAAUCAAGAAACCUAUCGACAUCAAUAAAAUCCUCCAGCGACUUCAGGCGGAUAAAUAUAUGGAACUCGACGAGCUGGAGCGAGACUUUAUGUUGUUGUGCAAGAACGCCCAAAAUUAUAACGAAGAGUCGUCGCUCAUUUACGAGGACUCUGUUGUCCUUCAGUCGGUAUUCACCAGCGCUAGACAGCGUAUAGAGGAUGAACCGGAAGAGCCCCAACAGGCACCGCCACAACACCAGCAGCAGGAAGAUGAAGGCAACGACGAUGACGACGCGCAACCCAGUGAAUCGGAUGACAAUUCAAACGCGGCAUCUUCGGUGAAAGUCAAGAUCAAACUCGGUAAAAACCGCAGCGGUAAGAACAGCGAUGGUAGCGGGCAUGCCACCCCUGCCGGCGGGAGGAGCAAACGCAAGCGCACCAGCCGCAAAUACGUUAGCGACGAAGAGGAUGAUUUUGGAGAGGAAGAGGCAAGUGCUAGUGAAAGAACUUCUUCUCGUAGUUCAUCACGCGUAGCUUCGCCGGCACCUUCUCGUCGUAACCGUUAAAUCACGUUCUAAUUUUAUCUCUGACCCGCUUUCCUCAUACACCUUCGUGUUUAAUCUUUAUAGAGCCCUUACAGCGAAAAAAGCAUGUUGACCAUCCAAAGUGUCGAUUGAUUAAUUUAAGCUCUGCUCCUUACCUUUGUCUCAUGUCCCCCUCUUACACUUAUCAUCAUCGUGUAGGUCGAGUUUUAUCUUUCGCUAUUCGGUGAAGAGCUCUCUCCAAAUCUUACGAUUUCCUUUUUUGUUGUCUUGGAAUACGUUGUCGAUUUAAGAAGGACUAGCUCUCGUUCUCCCGAACUCAGUAUAACAUUUUUGGUUGGAUAAUAAACGUCGCCAAGCCAAUAUCAUUGGUUUGAAUUUUUGGUA